CGCUCGCCCACAGGUGUGGACUCGGGUUAGUUCAGACCCUGGACCUGGGCAGGCUGGUAGUUGGGCGCCAUUCUCCGCCCGGCGCGGACUUAGGAGUUGGCCCGAGACGCCCGGGAGCCGCAGGCGAAGGGGUGUCCGCGGGGCGCCGAGCACCAGCACAGUCCGGAGGAUGCGUGCCCUGCCAGCCUCGGACGCGUCCCAGAAUGAGCGGAGGCGGACCGGGGUCCCCGAGGCCCCCCGGGCGCGGGACGCGGCGGUGCCCCCACGCAAGAGCGCGGUGGAGAGGCUGGCGGCCGACCGCGCCAAGUACGUACGGGGCCCGCCCGGAGGCGGCCCGGGCCCUGCUCCCGAGGGAAGCAGUACCAGGACGAGCGAAGGGCCUGCGGGCGACCCUCGGCCCCCGGCCCGCGUCCCCGGUGCCGUGGCGCGCAGGGCCAUUGCGCGGAAGCCUCUGAGGCCUGACUCGCUGGUCAUCUACCGGCAGAAAUGCGACUUCGUCCGGGGACAGGGCGCCCACAGCUCCAUGGGGGGCCUGGUGAGGAAGCUCUUCCAGGGGCCGGGCAGGGACAAGACGCCGCUGCCUCCGGAGACGACCCGCGUGGGAGGGGAGGUCAGGGCCGGGCCCGAGGGGGCUGUCCAGCCCGAGCCCGGCUCCACGGCGGCCUCCGCAGCCCCCGGCGUUCCCUCGCCCCCGGCGUCCCCCGCGCCCUCUGGGACGCCCAGCAGAGUCCGGGCUGCGCCCCGGGGCCCGGAGCUGCGCGGGGCCAGGCGCGGGGGGCUGCAGCGCUCGCAGUCGGACCUCAGCUCCCGCUGCUCCGCGUCCUUGGCGGAAUUUGACACCUUCUUCCAGUUCUGCGGCCUGGAGCCCGAGGUGGUGGAGGCGCUCGGGAGGGAGAACUUCUCGGCGGGGUCGGACCGCGUCACCCUCAAGGUUCGAAGCGUGAGCGUCGCCACCUCAGACAGCGGCUUCUCCCGGCACAGCGGCGGCGAAGAGGGGCUACAGGAGGAGGAGCUGACCGAGCAGGUGCCCAGUACCACGUCGGUCGUCGACAGGAACGCCCGCAUCAUCAAGUGGCUGUACACCUGUAAGAAAGCCCGGGAGACGCCCGGCCAGGGGCUGCAGGGCCCGGCGUGACAGCUCGCGCUCUGGGGAGACUUGGACCCAAGGACGCAAGGCUUCCCGACUCUGGGGGCUCCUUGAAGUAUGUCAUGGAUGACUGGGGACCCAGGGCCAUCCUCACUGCCACAGGAUUUGUCCAAUGCACCCAGGUGGCCACGUGAUUGCUGUUUUCUCAGGAGUAAAGCAUCCCAUUGAAGAAGCUUACAUAAUUCAGAAGGUUUGAAAUGCUAUGGAGAAGAAGGGAACCUGGAACUUGGAAAUCAGCUGAGCUGUAGCUGUGAAGACACAGCUGAAGCUCUGGGAAAUAUUUUCUUGCUUGAGGUAGACCUAUCCUUGCUUCCAGAGGGCAGCAGAGGAGGGGAAAACUGCUUGGAAAUAUUUUCAGGGGCAUCUUUUUGCCUUGCUUGUUGACAAAGAGGUACCAUGAUGAAUUUUAAUGAUAUCUAAAUUGAUUUUAAAAAGAAAAAAAGGCAAAGAGUAUGAAAACCAAGCAUGAAUAUUGUAGUAUUUACUGCCUUCAAUCAGAUUGGACUGUUUGGCACCAAUUAAAUCAAAAUUCUGUGAUCAUGAGAAGGUACAUUCUACUUAAACACUGUGGCUAACCAAGAGCAAACCCACACUCACAUACUCACACUUACACCUCCAUUUUAUGAGCAUCACGGCCACUUAAUCUGCAAAAAGCACUUUUAAAAUAAGUUGAGGACUACAAGGUCAUUUUAGUGAUGCCACUCCUAUUGGGUUACAGACAUGUGGAUGUGCCAUUAAAAGAGAAGUUAGAGUUGAUACCACUAAAACCCCUGGUUUUGAUGGCUGGCAGGAGAAUUGAGAACUUCCUUUCCUCACAUCCACAGCAACCUUCCUCCUUUGCACCAUGUAGAGCAUGCCUCCACGGGGCUCUGGUUCCCAACUGUCCAAAGCAGAGAGCCAUGGAUUACGUGGAACACACCAUGCCCAUAUGCCUAAUUCCCACCUCCAUGGAUCACACACAUCCCAGAUAUGGCGCCAGCUUACCUUCUCUGCAAGGGAUGUGUUUGAGACCAGGGGCAGGCUCUGGGCUGCUGGCAGACUCCAGGAUCAGAAUGCUGUCAGUAGGGAAUUACUGUGACCCUAACCCAUUCCUGACAGCCAGGCUGCAUAUAUUUUAUAUUUAGAGGCUUUGGAGAUAAAUUUUAUAUCAAUGAUGACAACCCAAAGAAAAUUUGUAACCCAGUUGACUCUUUUGAAGGUUAUUGUGUUUUAACAAAAUCUGUCUCUUCAGGAACAAGUUAUGGAGAACAAUAUGGAGGGGAGAAAAAUGGGCUUCUCAAUGGUAGAACAUUUUAUAAACCAAUACAUUUUGAUAUGUUCAUGUACUUGUUUAAUAUUGUGUUCUAAUUUUGUAACUUUUACUGUGAGAGUUUGUCUUAGAGCUACUUACUAUUUAUUUUUACCAUUAUUGGUCUCCAAAUAGUUUUCCUUAAUAUAUUAUGGUUUUAAUUUUUAUCGUACAGCUUUAAAUGAUUUUCUCCUUGGUAUUGUUUUUGUGUAUGUUGUUUCAUUCAAUAUUCAACUUCUGACUGUAAACAGAGUACUCACUACUCUAUAAAGUACUCAGUACUGUAGUGAUAUGUUUUCAGAUAAAUCCCACAUAUGCAUUUUUGGAGGCUCUGUUGGCCCAUGGAUGUAUCUUUCUCAUUGUAGACUAUUUAAAGACAACAGUUCCAUGCUUUAAGAAUUUUCUCUCAACUGUUCCUCUAAAAAGCCUGCUACUUUGCUGUUGAAUGGAUUGUGGUUUAAAAAGAUAAUGUCAAAGAUGAGAGGAGGUUUUUUUAAAAGGCUCUUUACAUAUGCUCAGCUCCCUUAUUUGCAGAUGUUUCAUUAAUUGUACAUGUCAGUGCUUCAAGUAAAACUGUUCUGUGCCUUUCUUCUGUCAGAA